AUGACAGGACUAUCUAAAGAACAACUAGAUACAUUCAAUAAAGAAGGAAUGUUAUGUAUACCCGAUUUCUUAACACAAGAACAAACCAAAACACUUUUAAAUCAAUCAAAAACCCUAAUCAAUCAAUGUGAUUUAACAAAUCAUCCAAAAACUACAUUUAAAACAUCAAAUGAAGAUCAUAUAGGAGAUAAAUAUUUUUAUGAAUCAGCAGAUAAAAUAAGUUAUUUUUUUGAUGUUGAUGCUUUUAAUGAAGAUGGAGAACUAGCAGUACCAUUAAAUCAAGCAAUAAAUAAAAUAGGUCAUGGGUUACAUCUCCAAGAUCCAAUAUUUAAAGAAAUUACAUUUUCACCUAGGAUAAAAAACAUCGCAAAAGACUUAGAUUAUAAAGAUCCAAAAGUACUACAAAGUAUGUUAAUUUUUAAACAUUCUAAAAGUAGUCAAGAAGAUAGAGAUAAUGCAGUUCCACCUCAUAUGGAUUCUACUUUUUUAUAUACAUCACCAAAACAAUCAGCAUUAGGAUUUUGGAUUGCUUUAGAAGAUUGUAAUUUAAAAAAUGGUUGUUUAUCAUAUAUACCAGGAAGUCAUUUAACUCAAAAAGUAACUAAAAGAUUUAUAAGAUCAAAUGGUUUAAAUUCAGGUUGUAAAUUUGAACAAUUAGAAAAUGAAGAGGAACAACCAAUAGAGGAGGAAUAUAAAUCAUUUGAAUGUAAAGCUGGCUCACUAAUAUUAAUUCAUAAUUCAGUAUUACAUAAAUCGGAAAAAAAUAAAAGUAUUAAAUCAAGAUUUGUUUAUGCUUUUCAUUUAAUUGAUGGUAUAACUGAAUAUGAUGAAAAAAAUUGGUUACAAAUUCCUUAUACUGGUGGUAAUGAAUUUAGUAAGUUAUAUGAAGUUACUGUUUAA